AUGGUGCCGCCGCAUCAGAUCCAAGCGGAGUUAGCGAUGGUCCCAAAUUCAAACGAGACGGAACACGGCGGCCGCGGCGGAGGACUGGAGGAGAAGCAAGAAGAGCAGUCAAUGGCGGGAUUCAAGAACUUCCUGUGGCACGGCGGUUCAGUGUGGGACGCGUGGUUCAGCUGCGCUUCCAAUCAGGUGGCGCAAGUCCUCCUCACGCUGCCCUACUCCUUCUCCCAGAUGGGGAUGGUCUCCGGAGUCGUGCUCCAGAUCUUCUACGGCCUCGUCGGAAGCUGGACGGCUUACCUCAUCAGCGUGCUCUACAUUGAGUACAGAAGCAGGAAGGAGAAGGAGAAUGUGAGCUUCAAAAACCAUGUCAUCCAGUGGUUCGAAGUGUUGGAUGGGUUACUGGGUCCAUACUGGAAAGCUGUGGGGCUUGCCUUCAACUGUACUUUCCUUCUCUUCGGCUCUGUGAUUCAGCUAAUUGCAUGCGCCAGCAAUAUUUACUACAUAAACGACCGGCUGGACAAGAGGACGUGGACCUAUAUCUUCGGCGCGUGCUGUGCAACCACUGUGUUCAUCCCGUCGUUCCAUAACUACAGGAUAUGGUCGUUCCUGGGACUCGGGAUGACUACCUACACCGCCUGGUACAUGACCAUCGCCGCCGUGGUUCACGGCCAGGUUGACGGUGUCACCCACUCCGGCCCCACCAAGCUCGUCCUCUACUUCACCGGCGCCACCAACAUCCUCUACACUUUCGGCGGUCACGCCGUCACCGUGGAAAUAAUGCACGCCAUGUGGAAGCCACAGAAGUUCAAGUACAUCUAUUUGAUAGCCACGCUGUACGUAUUCACACUGACGAUCCCGUCGGCCACCGCCGUGUACUGGGCGUUCGGCGACCAGCUGCUCAACCAUUCCAACGCCUUCUCGCUCUUGCCCAAGAACGCAUGGCGUGACGCCGCCGUCAUAUUGAUGCUCAUCCAUCAGUUCAUAACGUUCGGGUUCGCUUGCACGCCGCUGUACUUCGUGUGGGAGAAGGUGAUCGGGAUGCACGACACGAAGAGCAUCUGCCUGAGGGCGGUGGCGAGGUUGCCAGUGGUGAUCCCGAUCUGGUUCCUGGCCAUUAUCUUCCCCUUCUUCGGGCCCAUCAACUCCGCGGUGGGGGCCCUGCUCGUCAGCUUCACCGUUUACAUCAUCCCCUCCAUGGCCCAUAUGCUCACUUACAGGAAGGCCUCCGCCAGACAGAACGCCGCGGAGAAGCCCCCCUUCUUUUUACCGAGCUGGACGGCGAUGUACGUGGUGAACGCGUUCGUGGUGGUGUGGGUUCUGGUUGUCGGGUUCGGGUUCGGCGGGUGGGCCAGCGUCACCAACUUUGUAAGGCAAGUCGACACUUUCGGCCUCUUCGCCAAGUGCUAUCAGUGCAAGUCUCCCGCUCCCCUCGCCACCGCCGCCGCGCCCUCCGCCGCUCGCCAUCACUGA